AUGCAGCGAGUUUUCAUAGCUAUCCUCACCUUUUCUCUUGGGACAGGGGCUGCCCCGAGGUACGUCUGCACCUACUACGAUGUUGUCGAGCACCUGAACAUCUCCUCUCACAGCAAGCUGCACGCACACAUCCUGCCCAAGACAAACUUGAAGGAGCCUCUGGAAGUGAAGACAGAUUUGGUGUUGGUGUCUAUCCUCUCUGUGAUCGAAAAGCUCCAGACGGUCACCUUUUACUUCGUGUUGAACCUGGAGUGGAAAAACACUUUUGCAACUUGGGACCCACAGGAUUUCUGUAACAUUUCCGAAGUGGUUCUGCCUAUGGAUACGUACUGGUCUCCCCGCAUCUUCAUUUUAGAGCGAGUGAACGGACAAAACUCAAACCUGGAUUAUCUGGCCAUCAUGCACAACGGCAGCUUCUAUUCCACCCAGCCCUUCCAGGCUACCUUGACGUGCGGCUUGAUGAUCCUCAAGUUUCCCUUUGACACCCAGACCUGCAACUUGAGCAUAGCUUGCUUUCUCUACCCAGUAACAGACCUUGUCAUGAAGACAAGACGGACACCAGCUGAGAUGAUGAAAGACAGCCAGAGUUACUUCCUAACUGAUGGAGAAUGGAAGUUCACCAACUUGACCAUCAAUGAAUACAUAGAAGAGAUGGAUAACGGAAAAUUUUCUGUGGUCACCUUCAUGAUUUCCAUGAAGAGACGACCCACUCUGUAUAUCUUGAACCUGAUCCUCCCAACGUGUGCCCUGUAUCUGCUGGAUAUGGCUGUGCUCUUUGGACCCAGCUCUCUCGAGGAGAAAAUCAAUUUCCAGAUUGCCAUCAUCCUUGGCAGCUCCAUGUUAGCUGUGAUUCUCAACAACAUCCUUCCAACCUCCUCCAACAAACCACCCAUAAUAGUGGUGUUCUUCCUAGGCACCUUCCUGCUCAUGAUCAUGGCAGUGUUAGACACCUUCUUCCUGCUGCACCAGCAGCGCAAAUCCCUACGCCUAGACAAGGUGCUCAGAAGCUUCCAGCGAGACGCGCACGCCGAGCUGGCGAGGAGAGCCGUGAGCAACCAGACCAGGCGAACAGGCGGCUUAUCUGCGUCGCAGAAGAUGCAAGAGGACUCGGUGUGA